AUGUAAACUUGCAGUUGAAUACGUGUGCGUGCGUGUCAAUGUGAAUUGAGUUAUGUUGAGUUACAUCGUCUUGUUUUGUAUAUGUAAUUUUAAGUGCGUGUUUUCGUUAAAUGCGUAUUGGGCUUGACGUUUCGAAGUUUAAGGUAUGAAGAAAAAAAUGCGCCAGCAUGUCAUCAGCCGGAAGUGGAGAGAUCAGCGCGCAGCAGCCAGACAGUUCCAAGUGUGCCACGUACUUGUUCCCCAACUCGCAGCCUCGAGCGCCAGGGCCCGCCUCUAUCCUCAAGGGGCAUGCCCGCAGUGCGAGCCACGGUGGGGUGGGUGCUUCCCCGGGCAGCGCCCCACGCCCCGCGGCCCCACUCCCGAGCGGCCACCAGCGUGCCCUCUCGCAGGGUCAGAUCGCAGACAGCGGUGCCCUGCGGGGGCAUAGCCGUGUUGGCUCGCGCACAGACUUUAUUCUGCCGCCGGGCCACAAGGAGCCCGAGGAGGGGGCGGCGGCCGGGGCGAAGCCCGGGGCGCGCGGACACUCGCGCCAGGCGUCCCGCUCGGAGUCCAUCUACACGCUGAGGCCGGCGGGUGGACCCACGCUGUGGCGCCAGCUGCGGGCGCUACUCCUGCGCCGGGCGCCACCGGCCGUCGAGGAGCCGCACUUCCAGACGGUGGUGCCGAACCACCUGGUGCCGCCACGCACCCCCGCCAAGGCGCACCCCAAUGGCCGCCGACCCGACAACCGCAUCCGCACCACCAAGUACACGCUGCUGUCGUUCCUGCCCAAGAACCUGCUGGAGCAGUUCCACCGCGUGGCCAACCUCUACUUCAUCGCCAUCGUACUGCUCAACUGGGUGCCCGCCAUCAACGCCUUCGGCAAGGAGGUGGCCAUGAUCCCGGUGCUGUUCGUGAUGGGCGUGACGGCCAUCAAGGACCUGUUUGAGGACCGGCGGCGCCACGCCAGCGACAAGCGCAUCAACAACUCCACCUGCCGGAUCUACAGCAGUGUCACGGAGCGCUACCAGAAGGUGUUCUGGAAGGACGUGAAGGUGGGCGACCUCAUACACCUCUCCAACAACGAGUUCAUCCCUGCGGACGUGCUGCUGCUGCGAUCCAGCGACCCGCACGGCUUGUGCUACAUCGACACCUGCAACCUGGACGGAGAGUCCAACCUGAAGCAGCGCCAGGUGCCGCCCGGCUUCGUGCACAAGCAAGACGUGUUCGAGCCCAGCAGGUUCCGGUCCGUGGUGGAGGUGGACCUGCCCACCACCAAGAUCUACCGCUUCCACGGCGCCAUCGUGCACCCGGACGGCGCGCGCGUGGCGCUGGGCACGGAGCACCUACUGCUGCGCGAGUGCGUCGUCAAGAACACGGACUUCGUGGAGGGCAUCGUCGUGUACGCCGGCCACGAGACGAAGGCGAUGCUGAACAACGGCGGGCCGCGCUACAAGCGCUCCCACCUCGAGCGCAUGAUGAACCUGGACGUGGUGUGGUGCGUGCUCAUCCUCUUCGUGCUGUGCAUCAUCGGCGCGGUGGGCUGCAAGCUGUGGCUUUCGUCCUACCAGGACGUGCCGUUCGUGCCCUACGCCACGGACCCCGUGUACGAGGGCAUGCUCAUCUUCUGGACCUUUGUCAUCAUCCUGCAGGUGAUGAUACCUUUGUCGCUGUACGUCACCAUUGAGAUGGCCAAGCUGAUCCAGGUGUACCACAUCCACAAUGACGUGAACCUGUUUGACACAGAUACCAACAAGCGCGUCGAGUGCCGCGCGCUCAACAUCCCCGAGGAGUUGGGCCAGGUGCAGUACGUGUUCUCGGACAAGACCGGGACGCUGACGGAGAACAAAAUGAUUUUCCGAAGGUGCACAGUGGCGGGCGUGGACUACAACCAUCCUCCGCCAGAAAACUUGCAGAAGCUGUCGCUGCGGCCCGGCGCGGCCGUGCCGCUGCUGGUGAACACACGGCUGCAGGAGGAACUGGCUCUGCUGGGGGAGACGACGGGGGAAAAGAGUGCACGGCGCGAGCUGAGGUUCAACUGCCAGCCCCAGCGCCUGCAAGAGUUCCUGCUGCUCCUGGCCGUGUGCAACACUGUGGUGACCGCGCGGCACCCCCACCACGACAUGAUGAAUGCGAGUGGCGUCAUUGAGUCGGCCCCCGGCGUGUCCAACCCGAGCGGCGCGCGCUCCUCGCAGGCACGCACGCCGCCCAGGGGCAUCGACAAGUACUCGCCCCUGGCAGAGUCCCGCUCGGUGACCCCGUCUCCCCCUCCCCCGGCGCCCGUGGAGUCCCCCCCCUCCGCCAAGGGGCCGCGCGGCGCCCCGCGGCCGCGCCUGCUGAACGUGCCGUCGCUGCUGGCGGGACGGUGGGGCCAGGCCGGGGCCCCACACGCCCCGCGCUCCGCCACGCCCUCCCCCUGCGAGCUGGCCCCCAUCUACGAGGCGGAGAGCCCCGACGAGCUGGCCCUGGUGGACGCCGCCCACAGCUACCACUGCCGCCUGGUGCGCCGCUCCGCGCAGUCCGUGUCCGUGUGCCUGCCAGGCGAGGGGCUGCUGGAGUUCGAGGUGCUGCAGGUGCUGCCCUUCGACUCGGCCAGGAAGUGCAUGUCGGUGGUGCUGCGCCACCCCGUGUCCAAGGACAUCGUGCUGUACUGCAAGGGCGCCGACUCUGCCGUGCUGCCCCAGCUCGCCCCCACAGAUGACUUCGUGACGCAGCAGACGAUCCUGCGCACGCAGCAGCACCUCAACUCGUACGCGCGCCAGGGCCUGCGCGUGCUGGUGAUGGCCAAGCGCGUGCUGAGCGCGCACGAGUACGCGGAGUGGGCGCGCAGGCACCAGGACGUGCAGGCCUGCCACGACAACAAGCUGCGCCAGCUGCGCGAGUCGUACGCGCGCCUGGAGAACCGCCUCACCCUGCUCGGGGCCACGGGCAUCGAGGACCGGCUGCAGGACGGCGUGCCGCAGACCAUCUCCGCGCUGAUGAGCGCGGGCAUGGUGGUGUGGGUGCUGACGGGCGACAAGCUGGAGACCGCCGUCAACGUGGCGUACUCCGCCCGCCUCAUCACGCCCCACAUGGAGCUGCUCAAGCUGUCCGCGCGCUCCAAGGACGCAGCCGAGGCGGCCAUCAUGUUCUACCUGGGCGACGCUCAGCGCGACGCCAUGCACCCCAUCAGUGUUGGCAGGACUGCAACCAUGCCGGGGCUCAACCAGGUGGGGGUGUUUGCUCACCCGGGCGAGCUGAGAACUCACCACAGCCACGCCUCGCGCACCAAUAAGAAGAGAGCUCUGGUGGUGGACGGCAAGACCCUCAUAUACAUCCUGGACGGGCGCUCCAACCUGCGCAAGCCGUUCCUGGAGCUGACGCAGUGCUGCAGCUCCGUGCUGUGCUGCCGCACCACGCCGCUGCAGAAGGCGUACAUUGUGCGCAUUGUGAAGGAGGAGCUGAAGAUGAGGACGCUCGCCAUCGGGGACGGAGCCAACGACGUGUCCAUGAUCCAGACGGCGGACGUGGGCGUGGGCAUCUCGGGCCAGGAGGGCAUGCAGGCGGUGAUGGCAUCGGACUACGCGCUCGCCAGGUUCAAGCACCUGGAGAGACUGCUGCUGGUGCACGGGCACUGGUGCUACGACCGGCUGUCGCGCAUGGUGCUCUACUUCUUCUACAAGAACGCAACGUUUGUUUUCCUGGUGUUCUGGUACCAGCUGUACUGCGGCUUCUCUGGCACCGUCAUGAUCGACCAGAUGUACCUGAUGCUGUACAACCUGCUCUUCACAUCACUCCCACCGAUCGCUAUCGGGGUGUACGACCAGGACGUGCCGCAGGAAAUACUGCUGGCCCGCCCGGGUCUCUACCGACAAGGGCGCCUCAGCCUCGUGUACAAGCCCCACUCCUUCUGGAUCACGGUCGCCGACGCUCUGUAUCAGAGCAUCGUCAUCUUCUUCAUCUCCGAGGCUGCCUACCACGAGACUGACGUGGGCAUCUGGGAGUUUGGCACCACUGUCACCACGUCCUGCAUGUUCGUGAUGCUGUUCCAUGUGGCGGUGGAGACCCGGUCCUGGACGCUGAUCCACGUGGUGUCCAUCCUAGCGUCCAUCACAGCAUUCUACAUCUUCUCGAUCGUGUACAACACGGUGUGUCUUCAGUGCCUGGGUCUGCCCAGCAACUACCAGGUGAUCCAGCAGACGAUGGGCUCACCCACGUACUGGCUGGUGGUCGGACUGAGCGUGGUGCUGGCGCUACUGCCCAGGUUCGUGUGGCGCUGCCUCGAGACAUGCCUCUUCCCGCGGGACGUGACGAGGGCCGUCCUGGACUACCGGCAGGCCGCGCGGCGAGGUGAGGACUUCCUAGUGUCGUGGUCGCGCUCCACGUCCACCUCGUCGAUAUUCAGAGCGGCAGAGAACGGACCGAAGGACGGGAACCAUGCCUCGCUGACCGUCGUGGGCUGAGGAGCGAGGGCAUGCCAUUGGCUGUGAACGUUGCUGGGACCAAGACUUAGGAGCGCAUGGUCGGCGUGAAGUGGUCUGCCUGGCACUUCGGAGUCGUGCUGGCUCCAUCCAGAGUUUAUUUUUUGCUACGAAAGAGAAACGCAAAGUUUCCUUAUGUUCCUGAGACUAUUCAUUGUUUUGUUUGAUAGCUGUAGCUGACUUUCUCAUGAGCGUAUUUGUUGUGCGUGUAGCUGUGUCUCGCCUUGCUGCCUUCGCGUCGCUUGCCUGUCGCUCUUGUUGAACGUGUGCAUAUCGAGAUAUAUUUUAAAAACUGUGUAAAUAGUGUUAUUUAAAUAAUAUUAUAUUGAAAUAGUUAAAAUGUGUUUUUGAUCUCUCCGUUAUUUUUAGUGCACUUUGGUUUAUUUUUUUAUUGUUUUUAUUUUUAUAACUUUUUUUUUUGAAGCUUAUAAACUGCAUUUUAGAUAAGGUGUAUGUCAGAAGUGGUGGUUUAUUUUGCAUUAAACCAUCGAUAACAUGUGGUUGACUUGUGCGCAUAGAUCCAGUGAAGAAAUUGGAUUUUGUCAGAGGUUUAUAUCAACCACUCAUAACUUUAGUUAAGACCAUUUUCAUACAAUUUAUUUUUUAAAUUUUUUUGCUAUUUGAGAAAUAUUGUGCCUAUGUUUUGCGCUUAAUUAAUCCUCAAUGUGUGUGUGCAUGGGCGUGACUUAAAUUGAUGCAUUACCAAAUAUUGCUGUUUUGUUUCAACCUUUUCAAUGUAUAUUUUUUUAACUUUUUGUUGUUUUUCGAAGUCUGUGCUAAGCUCAUUGCUACAUAAAUAUUUGAUGUGUAUAGUGAAGCGUUGGUGACACGCCUGCCAACAGGAAUGUGUCGUCUCUUACAGAACACAGGUAAAAGCUGCACAGUAAUGCUGUGCUCGCUCAUACAUGCACACACUCACUGUCAACUAUUGCAUUAUCCAUUUUCACGUUCUGCUGUUGGGCAUUUCCCAUUAAAUAAUUCUUGGAAAACUAACAGUUCAAAAAUUUGAAAGACUAAAAGUGAAAAUAUUUUAAUUUUUUUCAUGAACUCUACAGACUUGAAUCAUUUUUGAUGACUUUGUACCUUUAAAUUUUUAUUUAAGAAUAUUAUGUAUUUUCGUUUGCUUUCUGGUAAUAGUAUAUACUCUGUUUUAGGAGGUUUGGUAGUGUUAAAAUAUUUCAGUACACAAUUGCUGUCAACUUUCACUUCAGUUUGGCAUUCGUUAUUCAUAUUUUUGUCGUACAAGUUGUACUUGUGAAUGUUUAUUUUAUUUAUGACAUAGUUUUUCUAUGAAAUUAAAUGUGUAUGUUUAACUAAAAGUAAGGGAUUUUCAGUAUAUAAUAUUUUUUUUUCAUUAGUUGUAUCUACAUAUUAUCUGUUAAUUUUUAUUUCCUUUUUAAUUUAUUGGCAAGGCCUACUUCACUGUGAACUCACGAGCAAGCUUAUGCGGCUUGGGAGAUGGAUUUUUCCCAGCAGGGCUCACGUGACUGUUGUGCUCGCUACUGCAAAAUCGCGCGUGUUGGGAGUACACUCCGGAUUGCUUCCUUUCAAGUGAAUUUUAAGUGUACACCUGCCCUAAGUAAUGCUUUUCUCAUCUACUUACUAAUUGACUUUUUAAUUUAUAUGCGUGCACAGUGGCAACAGCAUAACGUUUCAUAAAAUCACAGUGAAUUCACAAUACAGCGUAAAAGAAGACGAUGUAGACUUAUAGCUAUUCGCUUCCUUCAUUGCCUGUUUACACUAGCCAAUCAAAAUGUCCCUGUGAUUUAUAUUAAAGUAAAUCCCUGUUAGGAAGUUUCUCAGGUACUUAAAUAUUUAAACUUAUUAACAAGGAAAAUUUAUUAAAAGGGAAAAAUUGAAUGUCUUAAUAAGUCAGGUACUAAAUUAUUUUAACUUAAUAUUCAGAAAAUUUUCUUAGUUGGGAUUUUAUUGAGAAGUUUUAACUGUGUGUAUGUAGAAAUCUUUACAAUGGCCACGUGUGUUCAGUCAACGUAUAUAUUACACCACUAACUGAUGACAAUCCCCGUCGUUGGGUUUCUUUUUGGUAAAUCAGUGCAGUUCACGCCGGUCCAGUUUAUUCUAGUGCAGUCUCACUCAUUGUAGUACACUUGAUGAAGAGUGGUCGGUGGUCAACUCGCAGGCCCACAUCACACCCAACAGGAGGAAUCCCGAAAAUUAUACGAGACUCCAAUAAUUUUGUAGAACACUUUAGUUAGAAUGUUGUUUUGCAUCUUACAUUAAUCUAACAUUUAAUACCGUGUUCACCUAAAAAUAUUAUAUUUAACCAAAAUUGCUGAAACUAAAAGGAUUGUAUUAUAAUUUGCAAAUUUGUAUUUUGCCAUUGGGAACGAUCUAAAAAUCUACACACUCUGCCUCUUAACUGCGUCACUUAUUCCACUUACGUCUGGAGCCUCCUGAACCCCUGCACAAACGCGACAGAGAGAGAGGGUAGCACUCGGAUCCUUCCCCUUCUCUCUCCACCUCCAGGGCGACCAUCGUAUCCAUCCUACAUUGCAGCAUUCUUUGGUUCCUAAAUUAGUCAUAAAACACAAAUAUUUUUGUCUAACUACCUCUUGGUGUGUCAAAAGAGACCGUGUAAAUCACUCUACUGUUAAAAGUGGCACCAGAAAAGGUCUAGUAAAUAUAAAACUGUAAAUAAUUUUACGUGCUCUGUUCUUGAAUUGCAAUUCAACUCCAUGAAGUAUUUUUCGUAAACUCAUAAUCAAAAAGUUUGGGUUCACAUUUUCUGGGAAAUACGGUACAGGUGCAGCACGUUGUUAGUUGUCCAUAGUUACUUGUAACGGGAACGACGAUAAGAUGGCGGGCCGCGGCUGGUUGGUAGUGACGUGGCAGUGAUCUGCAAUGUUGUUGUCCACUACAGAUAACACCAUCGCAAUAUUUCCUGGUAUUUGGCCCCCCAAGAUCGGAAUGUAGUUAUGCCCUGGAGCAAAGUCAUGGGUCGGGUACGUAUAUCUGGCAACCAAACAUGGUACUCAUUCCUGCUUAGUGCAGUCGGUUAAGAAAACACAUAACAUUUUCUCUAAUUUAGUGGAACACUACAUUAGUUUGUUUUCCAAAUAUGUACUUAAACUGUGUUUAGCUGGUAAUAAUGGAGCAAUUGUGUACAUUUUUUAAAAGCAUUUUUUUCUUGAAUAAAAAAAGUCUCAAUAUCUGGUCAACAUUUUGUGUUUGUGUUUACAAUAUUUUCCAGUGGGGUACAGUUAGUUUGUGAAUACAGUGCAUUACAUAAGGAUGAAAGAAGGCACGGUGGAAGCAUAGAGUCCCUGUAACAUUGGUUCGCAAAUGCACAUUUUGUGUUGUUAGCUUGUAAGAUGCACUUGCUGUAGUGCUAGUACCGAUGUAGCAACCCAGAGUACUGUGUGCUAAGCUUACAACUGCAGCCGGUCUCUGAACACAGCAUGCUUGGAGAGUACGGGAGUCUAGCAAAAUUCAUUUCCGAACCUGCGGAGGGACCGGUUAGUUAUUGCGUUUUGUAUCGUGAGCUGUAAACCACCCGGUACAGAGUGCCUGUGCAUCGAGUAUUGGCUGAUGUCCCAGCACAUGAAGCACAAGGCCUGGGACAUCGACCGCGCGCGUCAGCACGUCGCGAGCCCUCACAUGAAGUGGUCCUUGCAACACUGUAAAUGUUUCUGUUUGUAUUUUAAAUGAAAAUAAAAGCGAAUUUAAAAAUUAA